AUGCCCCUCUCUUACUAUGUCUGCUGCCUGCAAUUUCUUUACCAGAGAGAAUCCCUCAUCUGUUUUCUUGCAAACCCACACUGUGGCAGCCUCAUUAAUGCAGAUGGCCAUGCUGAAGUGUGGACAGAUUGGAAUGACAUGUCUAAGUUUUUCCAGUAUGGGUGGAGAUGUACCACUAAUGAGAAUUCCUAUUCAAAUCGUACUCUGAUGGGCAACUGGAACCAGGAAAGAUAUGACCUAAAGAAUAUUAUGCAGCCCAAACCCUUACCUUCCCAGUUUGGACACUAUUUUGAAACAACAUAUGAUACAAGCUUUAACGACAAAAGGCCACUUUCAACCCAUAGAUUUAAGCAAGAGCCUCACUGGUUCCCAGGACAUCAGCCUGAAUUGGAUCCUCCUCGAUACAAAUGCACCGAAAAGUCAACUUAUAUGAAUAGCUAUUCAAAACCUCAAAUCACACAUCACCUUGAGUGUGUAUGGGAUCCUAAUACUGGCCAAUUUCAGGAUCCAGGGUUCUAAGAAAGAACGAGAAGUUUUAUUUCUUCAGAAUAGAAUGUAGGAUGGAGCAUAUUGUAAGCACAACUAAGAAUGUAGCUUGCUAUAACACAGUCUCACUCUAUGAAUAAA